AUGGCGCCACCCUCCUCGCGCACAGAAGUCCUUGAGCAUUUAAAGAACCAGGUAAAAAAUGGCAAACCAAUCGUGGGUGCUGGAGCCGGAACCGGCUUGUCCGCAAAAUUCAUUGAAGCAGGUGGUGCGGAUCUAAUCAUUAUCUACAACUCUGGUAGAUUUCGGAUGGCUGGACGUGGCUCCCUCGCAGGUCUUAUGCCAUAUGGUGAUGCAAACGCGGUCGUGGUAGACAUGGCCAAAGAAGUACUCCCCGUAGUGAAUGACACUGGAGUUUUGGCUGGGGUGUGUGGCACAGAUCCAUUUCGAAUCAUGCCGCAAUUCCUUGCACAAUUGAAGGGGAUGGGCUUUUGUGGUGUCCAGAACUUCCCGACAGUCGGUUUGAUUGAUGGCACAUUUCGAGCAAAUCUGGAAGAGACGGGAAUGGGCUAUGACAAGGAGGUGGAUAUGAUUGCCGAGGCGCAUAAAUUGGAUCUUCUUACGACCCCUUACGUGUUCAACGUCGAUGAGGCUGAGCGUAUGACCAAGGCUGGGGCGGAUGUCUUAGUCUGUCAUAUGGGCUUGACGACAUCUGGUUCGAUUGGAGCUAGGACUGGCAAGUCACUAGACGACUGCGUCAAAUUGAUCCAAGAGAUGGGAGAUGCGGCGACCAAAAUCAACCAUGAAAUCUUGGUACUUUGCCACGGCGGUCCAAUCGCAGAGCCCAAGGAUGCCGAGUAUGUCCUUAGCCGUACGAGAGGUAUUCACGGUUUCUUCGGAGCCUCGAGUAUGGAGAGGCUACCUGUUGAAAUUGCCAUUUCCAACACGACCAGAGAAUUCAAAGAUUUGCAGAUUAACCAGCCAUGA